AUGUCAUUCUCUAAAUUCACCAUGCGCCGUAUACCAUCUUCUUCCUUCACCUCUAUCUCCCAUCGAUCGAUAUCCUCUAGAGCAUCCACAAUGCGUCCCCUCACCGUAGAAUCCCUCAAUCCUUCCAUCCUCAAAGUUGAAUACGCCGUUCGAGGUGAACUUGCCAUCAAGGCAGAGGAAUACCGCAACAAGCUCAAGGAGCCCAACCAUGGUUUACCUUUUGAUAGAGUCAUUUCCUCCAACAUUGGAAAUCCACAACAAAUUGGCCUGGAUCAACGACCUAUCACUUUUGUGAGGCAGAUUGGCGCUCUCAUGGAUUACCCUGAACUCGAAAAACUUGCCCCCAACGCUUUUCCUAAAGAUGUCAUUGCUCGUGCUCAAGAAUUGAGAUCAGAAAUUGGUUCUAUUGGCGCCUACUCUCACAGUCAAGGUGUACCCAUUAUUCGCAAACAUGUCGCCCAGUUCAUUGAACAACGCGAUGGUUUUCCUUCAGAUCCCAAUCACAUCUUCCUCACUGCCGGUGCAUCCGCUGGUGUCUCUCUUCUCAUCUCCAUGCUUAUCUCGGACCGCAAGGCAGGCAUCCUCAUCCCCAUCCCCCAAUAUCCUCUUUACACCGCCACCAUAGCUCAGUACGAUGGUACUCCGAUUCCAUAUUAUCUCGAUGGCACGGCAGGUUGGUCUACAUCCAUCAACGAGAUCGAAUCUGCCCUCGAAAUCGCGUAUAAACAAGGCAUAAACCCAAGAGCUCUCGUUGUCAUAAACCCAGGCAACCCCACUGGCGCUCUCUUAGAGGAAUCGAUCCAAGAAGAACUCGUCCGUCUUUGUGAAGAACAUUCAUUGGUUCUUCUCGCCGAUGAAGUCUAUCAGAAUAACCUUCAUAAACGAUCUACACAUCCCUUCACUUCCUUUAAGAAGAUUGUUUCACGACUGAAAUCCCCGAUUCCGCUCAUCUCUUUCCACUCGAUCUCAAAGGGUGUCAUGGGCGAAUGCGGUAGACGAGGAGGAUAUUUUGAAUGCACGAAUUUCUCCUCGGAUAUUAGAGCUUUGAUGUACAAGAUGGCCUCUGUAGGGCUGUGUCCUCCGUUACAGGGACAGAUUGCUGUGGACACACUUGUUCGACCUCCCCAGGAGGGCGAGGAGAGUUAUCAGCUGUGGAAGUCCGAGACGGACACUAUCCAUCAGGCACUUGCGGAGCGAACCCAUGUCAUGGCAGAACGAUUAAACAAGUUGCCUGGUAUUUCGUGUGUCGAUUCUCCUGGAGCGUUGUAUCUGUUCCCUCAGAUAUCGCUCAGCGACAAAGCGAUUGAGGCAGCGGAGAAGGCGGGGAAACAGCCUGAUACGUUUUAUGCCUUGGCGUUACUGGACAAGACGGGAAUUUGUGUGGUCCCUGGCAGUGGGUUUGGGCAGAGACAGGGGCAUUGGCAUUAUAGACUGACGUGUUUGUGUCCUGGAGUGGAUGAAUAUGUGGGCAAGUUGGAGAAGUUUCAUACCGAGUGGAUUAAGCAGUAUGGCAAAUAG